AUGGACAAGGUGCUCAACAAACAGUGCCUAAAGGAACGGUUUGAUAUUAUGCAUGACGCGCGAUUGCCAAUUGUUUUGGCAGACUGGAGAUCUGUUCAUCUACUGGAUUUUUCCAAGGUUCUUGAUUACCAUCAGGCGAUGUUAAAUCUCCACGCAGACUUAAAUGUAUGUGGCAAGGAGAAAACUGACGAUGACAUGAUCGAGAAGACCCUAGAGACUUUCUCAGAAUCUGUGAGUGAAAUAGCUCACCAAUAUCGCCUUGAUUAUGAGGGCAAAAGAAUCAAGAAUUUUACAGAAUUGAUGAACCUUCUCAAGAAGAAGGAACGUCAUAAUGAGAUCAUUCUCAACAAUAACAAUCUAAGACCUGCAGGGACGAAAAGAGUUCCGGAAGCUCAUUAG